GCAAUCAUUUCUCCUCUCUGGCUGCAUUUUGCAGCCAUUGAGAAAUACUGUGCAAGCUGUGAUUGGUCACAGCUUGUUACAUGGUACCAGGCUGUUGUGAAUAGCCUUGUACCAUGUGACCUCUGUGAUCAUUCACAAAUUUCACUAGUAGUAUUAUUAUUAUUAUACAGUAUUUAUAUCUUGCUUACUACUAUUCAUGUGAUCACUGAUUGGCCAGUCAGUGAUCACAUGAUUGGGACCUCACACAGAGGUCCCGUACAGAGA